AUGUUCUCUCAAGUUAGACGCGUUGCAACUAAUGCAACUACCCGCAAAUUCUUAGCCGGAGGUGCUCUAAUCUCUGGUGUCUCUGCAUCUGCUGCUCUAUAUGCCGACUCAUUGACCGCUCAAGCAAUGACAGCAGCUGAGCAUGGUCUACAUCCUCCUGCUUUUUCAUGGCCACACAACGGUCCAUUUGAUACCUUCGAUCAUGCUGCCAUCAGAAGAGGUUAUCAAGUUUACAGAGAAGUUUGCGCUGCUUGCCAUUCUUUAGAUAGAAUUGCUUGGAGAACCUUAAUUGGUGUUUCUCACACAAACCAAGAAGUUCGUGAUAUGUCCGCAGAAUUCGAAUACGAUGAUGAACCUGAUGAACAAGGUAAUCCAAAGAAGAGACCAGGUAAAUUGGCUGAUUACAUUCCAGGUCCUUACCCUAACGAACAAGCCGCUAGAUCUGCCAAUCAAGGUGCCCUACCACCUGAUUUGUCCUUAAUCGUUAAGGCAAGACAUGGUGGUGCUGAUUACAUCUUUUCAUUGCUAACCGGUUAUCCAGAAGAACCACCAGCAGGUGUUGUUCUUCCACCAGGUUCUAACUACAACCCAUACUUCCCAGGUGGUGCAAUUGCAAUGGGUAGAGUUUUAUUUGAUGAUUUGGUCGAGUACGAAGACGGUACACCAGCAACUACUUCCCAAAUGGCAAAGGAUGUUACUACUUUCUUGAACUGGUGCUCUGAACCUGAACACGAUGAAAGAAAGAGAUUAGGUCUAAAGGCAAUCCUAGUGGUGUCCUCCUUGUACUUGCUAUCCGUCUGGGUGAAGAAGUUCAAGUGGGCAGCUAUCAAGAACAGAAAAUUUGUCUUUAACCCUCCAAAGACUAAGAAAUAA